AUGGGCGCGUCUUCCAAUACAGCCGAGCUGCUGCUGCGCGUGUGCGCUGACAUUGCAGCACAGCUCGUAGACGCUCAUGACCGCUCAGCAUCGGUGUCGUUGAACCAGAUCCGCACAAGUACCUGCAAAAGAUACGGUUACAAUGGUGUACCACGACUCACCGACAUCAUCGCCGCCAUUCCGGAAGCUUACCGCAAAGUGCUCGUACCUGCUCUCAAGGCUAAGCCCGUUCGAAGUGCUUCGGGUAUCGCAGUCGUAGCCGUCAUGUGCAAGCCGCAUCGAUGCCCUCAUAUCGCGCUCACAGGAAACAUUUGCGUCUACUGCCCGGGUGGUCCUGACUCCGACUUCGAGUACAGCACGCAAUCCUACACUGGCUACGAACCCACCUCGAUGCGAGCCAUCCGAGCUCGAUACGAUCCCUACGAGCAAUCCAAGAACCGUGUACAGCAGCUUCGCGAACUCGGUCACAGCGUCGACAAGGUCGAAUACAUCAUCAUGGGAGGCACCUUCAUGUCGCUUGCUGAAACAUAUCGAAACCAAUUCAUCGCCCAACUUCACAACGCCCUCAGUGGCUUCAACGGCCAAGACGUCGACGAAGCCGUCAAGUACUCCGAAAGGGCUCUCACCAAGUGCAUCGGCAUCACCAUCGAGACGCGGCCAGACUAUUGCUUGCGACCGCACCUGUCGCAAAUGCUUCGCUACGGCUGCACGCGACUCGAGAUCGGUGUUCAGUCUGUCUACGAAGACGUCGCGAGGGACACCAACAGAGGUCACACCGUCAAGGCAGUGUGCGAGACCUUCCAGCUCGCCAAGGAUGCUGGCUACAAGAUUGUUGCACACAUGAUGCCGGACCUUCCCAACGUCGGUGUAGAGCGGGACAUGGAACAGUUCAAAGAAUACUUUGAGAACCCAGCUUUUCGCACGGAUGGACUCAAGCUAUACCCGACCCUGGUCAUCCGCGGCACAGGUCUCUACGAGUUGUGGAGAACCGGUCGCUACAAGAACUACACCCCCUCCUUCUUGGUCGAUCUGAUCGCACGCAUCCUCGCACUUGUGCCGCCUUGGACGCGAGUCUACCGUGUGCAGCGUGAUAUCCCCAUGCCGCUCGUCUCGUCUGGUGUCGAGAACGGCAACCUGCGUGAAUUAGCGCUGGAGCGUAUGCGCGAUUUCGGCGUCACCUGCCGCGAUGUGCGAUACCGCGAGGUCGGCUUGCACGAGAUUCACACCAAGGUGCGACCGGACGAGGUCGAAUUCAUCCGUCGAGACUACACGGCCAAUGGAGGUUGGGAAUCCUUCCUCGCGUACGAAGAUCCCGAGAAGGACAUCCUCAUCGCGCUUCUGCGUUUGCGAAAGUGCUCAGCUGCCGGCACCUACCGUCCCGAACUGACAAAGGAUGGCCAGUGCUCCAUCGUUCGCGAACUCCACACCUAUGGCAGCGCAGUACCAAUCCAUUCCAGAGACCCUACCAAGUUUCAACAUCAAGGUUUCGGUACUCUGCUCAUGGAGCAGGCCGAACGCAUCGCUCGCGACGAGCAUGGUUCGCGCAAGCUCGCUGUCAUUUCGGGUGUGGGCACGCGCGACUACUACAGGAGGCUCGGGUAUGAGCUCGAGGGCCCUUACAUGGUCAAGAUGCUCGUCGAUGAGGUCGGAGAGGACGACGCUCCCGACCACGGCGCGUAUGACUCCGAGUUCUACUUCUGA